CAGGUCGCAGUCGGCUCAGGCCGCCGGCAUUUUUUUUCUUCUUCUUUUAAUUUAUGCGUCUGUUUGCAACUUGCGCUGGUGUGCGCCAACGCCGCUGAGGAUUGCAGGACUUUCCUUAGACGUGAGCAGCCGUGCUCCGGUUGUUCACGUUAGGAAUGUGUUUGACUUUUGUACAAGAGUGUUAUCCUGUCUAAAGGGGCAGAAGUCUAACAUUUUGGAGGAGCUCCGGAUCUUGGACCGGUUCUGCGCGAUGACAGAAGUGGCCCGUUGCGCGUCAGUAAUGGAAUCCGAGAUGAUGUUUAAGCCAGAGUCGGAUCAGGUGUGUCCACCAGAACCCAAGUCUCCACCCUUGGACCUGAUAGACACGGGGAAAGGCCUAAAGGUGCAGACUGCCACGCCUCAUCUGGUGAGCCUGGGCAGCGGGAGACUGAGCGUGGCUAUCACCCUGCUGCCACUAAAGGAAGGGGUGACACGCAUAGGCAGGGAAGAUGCUCCAGUCCCUCAAGACGUCACGAUUCAGGGGCCUGGCGUUGAGGCGGAGCACUGUCUCAUCUUCAAUGAAGGAGGAGUGGUGACCCUUGACCCCUGUGGUCACCUCUGCAGUCUGGAUGGGGUCCAGGUCACCGUACCAACACCACUCACACAGGGGUACUCUCUGUGUUUGGGUAAGUCCUGUUACUUCCGGUUCAACCAUCCUGCGGAGGCCAGCAGAAUGAAGAGCAUGCUUCCACAGAAGAGCCCCGUGUCGGCUUUAGCCUACAACACAGAUUACCUGAAGUUCAGCAGCGACUACGGCCAUGCCGUGGGAGGCAGCGGCAGUGCUAGAGGGAUGCGGUCCGCCUCUGAGCUCCGGGAUUUGAUGGACACCCUGCAACGCAAGAAGGUAGCCCUGGAGAACAGCCUGAGGGCCAACGGGAGUGCUAACCCCUCCUAUUUCAGCGUCACACAGUCUCCCCCCACCACGCCCACCCCCAGUCCUACCGCGUCUUCGUCAGCCUAUCAGGAACAGGCGAGGCGUUUCUACAGCUCCGAUCGUCCGCCCGUUUCCUUCAAACCCGGCUCCCACCUUCCCCCGGGGCGACGCUCGGACCCCCUGGCCUCCUCCCGCGCUCCUGCCGGCCGCGACAGCCGGCGACUGCACAACCCGGCCUCCUCCCCCUUGUUGUCCGCCUGGAACGGCGGCGGUUCUUCCUCCUCCGUUGCCAGCAGCGAUAACUUCCUCCUCUCUCUCCCUCCCUCCUCCACAUGCCGGGCGCCGUCGAUGGGGGGUGCCGCCAGCAUGCCCUCGAGCCCCCGCUUGGGCCGCCGCAGCCACGGGAGCCAAGAGCCGCCGCCCGUCGGCCGGACCAGGAAAUACUCGGCCGGGUCGCUGAGCAGCCUCACGACCGGCGGGCACAGCCGCUCGCUGCCGCGCCUGUGUCCUUCGCCGUCUCCUCGGGGCGACGGCAGCGGGCCGCCGCCGUUAUCCACGCUCCCUCUGAGGCAGGCGGAUACCAACGGGGGCUACAAAUUAGGCAAGGAGUCUUACGGCAACAGUCCGCAUGCCAACCCUGAAUUCAACCACGGCUCCGGGAGCCCGUUCCAGCAAGAGUCCAACAGGAGUCCCAGCCAGAGCAGCAGUCGCUGCGAAGGUGUCGUGUCCAUCUCCCUGUCCUCCCCGAAAAGCUCCUCCUCCUCCGCUUAUUCCUUCUCACCCACCACCACCCCACCCGACGUGACCAUCCCGUCCAAAGCAGGAGGCUCUUCCUCUCCACGCGUGGCCAAAAAGCUCAGCCUGACCUCCACCAGCUCGCUGGGCUCGGUCAGCUCCACAGCUUCCAGCCCCCCCGGAGGGGAGUCCAGCGCCGCCCGGGGCGCGUCCGCGGGAGCAGAGAGGUGCGUGGGGGAGAACGAGAGGCGGGUCGGAGGCCACCGCGUGGCGGCGGGGUCGGCACUCGGGGAGGCGAGGGCUUCGGCGGGGAAGGCGGGGCCGGAUCACGGGACGGGUCUGGGGGAGAGGAGGUCGUCGUUUGGAAAGGCAGGGGUGGCUCCACCCGGGGGGUUCAGGGAAAGAAGGGGGAGCAUCAGCUCUCUCAGCGGGAAGGAGGAAUUGACGGACUACCACCAGCGGCAAAAAGAGGAGCGCGUUCGUGAGCAGGAGGUGGAGAGACUGGAGCGGCAGCGGCUGGAGACCAUCCUGUCUCUUUGCUCGGAGCUCGGUCGCGCCGACAGGGACGGAGGGGGGCCGGCGGCGAGCUCGGCGUCGGCCGUGGCGGACCUCCAGAAGAUUAACCAGGAGCUCGAGAAGCUCCAAGUGAACGAUGACGACGACGAGGACGACGCGCCGUCCGUCUUUUCCGACUCCUCGGCUGUCAACGGGACUCCGGGCAGCGGUCACGUGACCUCCCCGGGGUCAGAGAACGGUUACUUUGACGACGAGCUGCAGGUGCGGCGGAGGCGCUGCAGCGGGCACAGAGACCACCGGGCCGAAUCGCCUGCAGUCAGCCUCCGGAGCUUCGCUCCGUCCCCCUCCUCGAGAGCGCUGAGGACAUAUGAGUCCGCAGAGGACAGCGCUUCCCGCCUGGCGCGCGACGCGAUGCCUCCAGAGGAGGAGGUGAGGCGCGUGGAGGAGGAGAGAAUCCAGGCGCUGAACAACAUCGAGGAGCUGGAGCAAAAAGUCAAGGAGCUGGACAACCAAAUGGAGGAAUCUGCUCGGGAGGUGGAGGUUGAGCGAGCGCUGGUCGAAGCUGAGCAGGAGUCGGAGGCAGCGGCCCUCCAGCGGGAAAAAGAUGCUCUGGAUGAACUUCACGCCAAGCUGGAAGACCUGGAGGCAAAGUCCCGAGAGGAGAAAGAAAAGGCGUGCGAGUUGCUGCAGGCAGAGAGGGACAGAGUAGAGGGGUUGGCUCAGAUUGUGUGUGAGCAGCGCUCCCAGCUGGACAGCUGCCCCGAGGCCACCAAGGAGCCCCUGCAGGAGCAGCUAGCCAGGGACUGUGAGCUGCUUGAGGCGGAGACAAAGCACUUCGAGGACCUGGAGUUCCAGCAGCUGGAGAAGGAGAGCAGGCAGGACGAGGAGAAGGAGACCCGCGCGCAGGAGCUGCUCCGAGACAUCGCAGACUACCAGCGGAGCACCGUCACUCGCAAGGAGCGCCUCCUGGCUCUGAAGAAGCAAGCAGCGCAGAUAACCGAGCAGGCUCAGAGGGAAAACAAGAGCUUCUUGAAGGAGAGGAGCAACCUGGAAGGGAUGCUGCACAGGGAAAAAGAGAGCCUCGCCUCGCUGGAAAAGAAGUACGCCGACCUGAGCGGCGGCCGCAGCGUCUCCCUGAGGGAGGAGGCCGCUUCUUUAGCAGAUGUGUGCCAGUCCCUUCUUUGCUCUAUGCACCUGAAGAACACGAAGGGCUAUGUCACCGUCAGCGAAAUCAGUCGGCUUUACUCACAGCACCCUAACCCGGCCCCCGCCCCCGCCCGGGCCUCUGCGCCCCCUGAGCCCGAGGUAAACGCCUCCCCCGAGGAAGACGGCGCCGUGCCAACGGAGGACGAGCUCUCUCAAGCUGCUUUACCCGCCGACUGUCGCUCCUCCUCCUCUUCUUCUUCUUCUUCUUCUUCUUCUUCUUCUUCUUCCUCCUCCUCCUGCCAUAUAAACUCUCGCCCCCUCCCCAAAACCCCGUCUGUGCACUGGCCAGAAAACAUGGUAACCUAUCGAGACCCCUCCCCUCUCCCCGACUCCCCCCCGCCGCCUCUUCCUCUCAAAAAGCAUCAUCAGCGACACAGGCAGCAUUUCCGUUUGCUGGAAGAGAGGAAGCGCUCUGAGAAGGACAAUGCUUCGCACCUGAGCGACACUUUACCCAGGAAGAGAAACAUUCCCGCUCUGAACACCCAGUUCGCCUGCGCAACACUUGGGCGCAGCUACCCAACAAAGUCCCAUCAGCCUCUGAUGCAAAGCACGAGCUGUGGCAGCAUCCUUCCCAGAAUCCUCUCUCUGUCCGCCAAGGAGGCCGAGUCUCGACAUCUACAGAAAGGUCAGUGCGGCUCCCGGGCGGCUUCCCAGACCAACGUCUACCUUGAAGCCUUCGGGUACCGCGACAACCAGGCCUUUGACACGAUGAGCGUGGACAGCAGUGACUCCAUAGAGACCAGCAUCUCCGCGUGCUCACCUGACAACGUCUCCAGCGCCAGCACCUCCAACGUGGCUCGGCUGGAGGAGAUGGAGCGCCUGCUGAGGGAGGCCCAGGCUGAGAAGAACCGCCUCCUGGAAUACAAGGAACAAGAAAUGGAAAUGCGUAAGCAGGCCCUGGACGAGGAGCGCAGAAGGAGGGAGGACCUGGAGAAACGACUGCAGGAGGAGACGAGCCGACGACAGAAACUCAUCGAUCGGGAAGUGAAAAUGAGAGAAAAGCAGAGGGCACAGUCCCGGCCGCUGACGCGCUACCUGCCAGUGAGGAAGGACGACUUUGACCUGCGGGCCCACAUCGAGUCGGCGGGCCACAACACGGACACCUGCUUCCACCUGUCCAUCUCGGAGAAGACCUGCCGCGGCUACCUCAUCAAGAUGGGAGGCAAGAUCAAAACCUGGAAGAAGCGCUGGUUCGUCUUCGACCGCAACCGCCGCACGCUCUCCUACUACGCAGACAAACACGAGGUCAAGCUCAAAGGUGUGAUAUACUUCCAAGCCAUCGAAGAAGUGUACUACGAUCAUCUGAAGAGCGCGCACAAGAGUCCGAACCCCUCGCUGACCUUCAGCGUGAAGACUCACGACAGAGUGUACUACAUGGUGGCUCCCUCCCCAGAGGCCAUGCGCAUCUGGAUGGACGUGAUCGUCACCGGCGCCGAGGGCUACACCCAGUUCAUGGUGUAGCGGCGGGGAGUAGAGACCGUGCCCCUCAUCCCGGCAGCUCAACCAAGAAGCACGCCUGCAGGAACACACAGCAGGAGAAGCAGAGACCCGAGCUGAGCAGGAUCUUCUAAAUGCCAGUAAAGUUUAGGGCGGACACAGGCAGGGUUAUAAUUGUUACACAUGCAUGCAAACUGUGCUUCAUUCUAAGCCACAUGAAGGGUACCGCCUUGCACCGUCUGUCUCUUAAAGUCACCUGCUGACCUUUCCAUUUGGACCAAGUGUCAGGUUCUUGCUAAAAGCUUCCUGACUAGGCGCCUCUAGAGAGCUCAGCAGUGUUUUAUAGGAAAUAAAGGUAGAACCCGUUAGCAGAGCAGAGGUGUGAGCCGUGGAUUAGAUCCUCCCUGCGGAGACUAUCGUUCUCCGUUGAAGGGCUUGGUUUUCCAGGGUUUUCGCUUUACGUAGUUUAUUUUUUUAAUGUUUUUUUAUGACUACAAGAAACACAAGUAAGGAAAUACAUUUUCAUGGCGUUCUCAGGUCAGAGCCGAGCAGUGACCGUGUGUGUAAAGGUGCACAUGAGAUGGACGGGGUCGGGUCGUGCUCUCUUCCUACACGUCCAUGGACAGCGGGCUGCUGACGUGGCUCCACAGGUGCUACUGUCGUGUGAUGUUCCUUUGAAUGUCCGCGCACCGACAGGAAACUCAAAUGAAGCUUGUUUUUUUGUCCACUGUCGUGAUCUUUGUCCUGGGUUUUACCAGAGAAACCUCUGAAGCAGAUUUAACAAAUAAAACUUCGACUUUCA